UGUUGUUUGUAUUCCUCUUGGCCGGACCAUGGCUGCUGCCUUUGAGCGGCCAACUUUCUGCUGCUGCCGCAAAGUUGUCACCGGCUCGAAGAAGAGCGAGAGUUUGAAUUCGUCCCGGGGCUGCCCUGUCGACAUCGCCUCCGCCUCCAACUUCCAGCGUUUUCAGAUCCGGCAUUUCCACCUGGAGUUGGACAUUAACUUCCCGAGCCGGGAGAUCCAGGCGGUGGAGGUGCUGGACCUGGCGUGCCUGCGAGCCGACACCCAGAGCCUGGUCCUGGACUCGCACCCGUCGCUGCGGGUCCGCUCCGUCAACGCUAAAUGUCGGUGUAGCUCGGGGGAGAACAGCUGGCCCCUCGCUCACCGGCUCGACCCUUUCACCGAAUAUGGCUCCUCUCUGGUGAUCGCCCUGCCGGCUGCCAUCCAACCCCACAGCAACUUCCAGAUCAUCAUCAGAUACACUACAACCGAUGGGCCGGCGAUUUGGUGGCUGGAUCCAGAAUUAACAAGUGGAAAUUCCAGACCAUUCCUUUUUACACAUGGUCACUCGGUGUGUAAUAGAUCCUUCUUUCCCUGCUUUGAUACACCUGCUGUCAAGAGUACUUACUCCGCUACAGUUAUGGUUCCACCUGGUAUUAAAGUACUAAUGAGUGCAACUCGGAGCACAUUUGAUGAGCAAAAGAACAUAUACCGAUUCCAGAUGGAGUAUCCAGUUCCUGCUUACCUGUUGGCGCUCGUAGCUGGAGAUCUAAUUUCUGCAGAUAUAGGUCCACGAAGCAGAGUUUGGGCUGAACCUUGUUUGUUAAAAAUUGCAACUGCAAAACUGAAUGGCACUGUAGAACGGUGGCUGACUGCUGCAGAGAAUCUCUUUGGGCCUUAUAUGUGGGAAAGGUAUGAUGUUGUUUUCCUUCCGCCCUCUUUUCCAAUUGUUGCAAUGGAAAACCCCUGUUUGACUUUCAUUAUUUCCUGCAUUUUGGAAAGUGAUGAGUUUCUCAUUAUUGAUGUUAUCCAUGAAAUCGCACAUAGUUGGUUUGGAAAUGCAGUUACCAAUGCCACGUGGGAAGAGAUGUGGCUGAGUGAGGGGUUAGCAACAUAUGCGCAACGUCGUAUCACCACGGAAACCUAUGGGGCUGCUUUUACUUGUCUUGAAACCACUUUCCGACUGGAAGCACUGCAUCGUCAGCUGAAACUGCUUGGAGAUGAGAGUCCUGUCAGCAGACUACAAGUGAAGUUUGAGCCAGGUGUCAAUCCCAGCAGUCUGAUGAAUCUUUUCACCUAUGAGAAAGGAUUCUGCUUCGUGUACUACUUGUCACAGCUCUGUGGAGACACAAAGUGCUUCGACUCCUUCCUCAGAGCCUAUGUAGAAAAGUUCAAGUUUACAAGUGUUGUUGCAGCUGAUCUACUGGAGUUCUUCCUGGGUUUUUUUCCUGAGCUCAGGGAGAAAUGUGUGGACAACAAAGAAGGGCUAGAAUUUGAGCGUUGGCUGAAUGCAUCUGGACCUCCGCUGUUGGAGCCAGAUUUGUCUCAGGGAUCUAGUUUGAUUAAACCGGUGGAAGUUCUCUACCAGCUGUGGAGUUCAGAAACUCUUGAUGGAAACCGAAUUACAGACAUUGAUAUUUCCAAAUGGAAAACGUUCCAAAUAGUCCACCUGUUAGACAAACUUCUGGACAGAUCUCCACUGCCUCAUGAAGCCAUGAUGAAGCUAUCGAAGAGUUACUCUGCGCUGCUUGACUCAAUGAAUGCUGAAAUAAGGAUUAGAUGGUUACAGAUUGUAGUCAGAAAUAAUUAUUUACCAGAUUUCUACAAAGUGCGACGAUUCCUGGAAAACCAUACCUCACGAAUGUACACUGGUCCUUUGUAUGAGGAUCUAUGUGCUGGAACCAUGAAGGCCAUUGCCAUGGAGACCUUUUACCUGACUCAAAACAGACUUCAUGUGAACUUGAGGAGAGCAAUCCAACAGAUUUUUGCACACAGUGCUAACCCUGCUGCUGUUAUGACACUGCUUGAAGAUAAACCAUCAGAUGCGUCAAACCCCAUCUCACUCAGGGAUGUAAAUGUCUCUGCAUAGCUGAUCAACCCAUGCCAUUAUAGGAUGAAUCUAACUAAAUAGCUGAGGUCCCUUACACGAGAACCUAACAGCUCUGUAAACUGAAAUGUUUCCAGCUGUUAUUUUUUAAUUUAAUCAGAAUUCCAGAAUUUAUGCUGGUUACUUUAAGGACCUCUUCCAGGGAAUGAAGAAGCCCAAAUCAGCUUUCCAAAAAUGUUUCUUACAAGAUAGCAUUUCAUUCAACUGUUGGCCGUAUAAUUAUACAAUAAUAGUAAUCUUGUCACUCUUGAGCACAUACGGGACAUGUAGAUUCUAAGAUCAUAGUUUGAGGAUGAUCCAUUAUUAAUACAAACACUCUAAAUCUUCAGUGAGCAGAACAUAUUGAAAUAAAAGACAGCAUCUCAGCUCUGGCAAGUUAGCUACUGCAGUGCAGAACCUAUUGCUGCUGAAGAGGUAAUCAGCAAAUGACCUGCUAUUGAAUGGUUGAUUCUAAUGAAAUGAUUAAUACAGUAUUUGUUGGUUAUGCUGACUGGUGAUGAUGUAUUGCUAAAUGCAUUAGGAAUUAUUAAGGUCAUAAUCUGUACUUCCAAUGAAUAUAUCAGCACAAAGCAUGUGAAUUCUGAUUUUGCCAAAGCAGGAGGAUUAAUUGGUAAAGCCUCCUAUUUCUAAUAAGUUUGAUGGUAUAAGUUUGCUCAGUUCAAAUGUUUAUUUUCAAUACAAAUUUGAUUUGUAACUUAGCAGGGUUUGUUUAGCAGUAAUGUAAUAUUCGAUGCAAGGCCUUUUAGUGCAUUAGUUGGUGCAUGAGGUAUGUUGUUUGUUCCUGGGAAAGGAAGUUUCACCAGGAACAAGUUGAGACCCAAUUAAAUUCAUUAUACAUAUGUCAAGUAGGCUGGAAUCCACACUAGGAUGCAAACUAAAGGAUAGGGAUGUGAAGCUAAUGACUUAAAUGCUUCACAUCAGGGUUAUUUCAGAGCAUUUUCUAUUGAACCCUUUGCAUUUUGUCCAAAAAUUAUUUAAGAUGACUUUUCUUUUGCCUUUAUGUUGUACUAUGAUUAGAAAGGUGUGUUUAUUCUGUUAUUACUCUCUGACAUUCUACUUUACAUUCUUGCAGAAUAUAAUUUUUACAAAAGAAUUAUUGGAAAGAAUGUUUUUGAGAAAGUAAAUGAGCUCCUGAAUCCUUAGAGUUCAUUUUCUUGCACUCCUUUGAAGUAAUGGAAUUAAGCAUUUGAUUAUUUUAUCCAAAUUACUCAACUGUUUUGUUACAUAUAUUAUCAUCAGAGUGAUAUCGUUUUAAAAAAAAGACAAACAUUAUCUCUAAUGUUUCAAAUGAGUCAUUUUUAGUGUUAAUCCAUAGAACAAGCCUUCAUUUUAAAUUGCUCUUUGUGCAGUGGAGUCCAAGAUAUUGCAUCUCUAAUCCAAACACCAUUUUCUUUCAAUUCCAUUAUACUUGUUUCAAUUGUAACAAUUUUGGCAAACUUAUCAGGUUUAUAGGUGUGUCUGAGUAUUUAGCUACCAUUCUGUGCCGGAGCAGAACGUUAUGGAGUUGGGUUGGGAUUUAUUAAUGUUCAGUGUUGGCUAUUGCUUCCACUGUCUGGCUGUUAGGUGCCUGGUUAUGGUUCAGAGGUGAUGGUAUGAUCUGCUGCAGUUGGUUAUCAGUAGAGCUGUAUUAAUGUUGCAGUUUUGACUGCUGCCUACAAUUUCUGCUCAUUCGAAUGCCUGAUUAUAGUUCCAUGGAUUGAAUAGAACGUCCCUGAUACUCAUCUUGAUAGGUAGUAUGCUCUGCCAUGGCUGUAAAUGUUGGAAUUAAGCAUGAUCUAGGUGGCAAAGAUGACAUUGAGAGAAUUGUAACUAUUCUGUCAACACUGGAAUCACAUUAGCAAAAAUCCAUUUAUUCUGAUAAAUUUUGUACUUUUUCCCACUUCCUGUUUGUGUGCUUCAUAAGUAUGUGCAAAAAAAAGUUAAUUUGCAUAGGGGCCAAAAACUGUAUUAUGGAUUUGCACAAAAGCUUGUACGCAAGUGUUUAACUGACCUUACCUUUCUCAGGUAGUGCAGUCAGUGGUGCCUUUCUCAUCAGUAUUCUACUGAUUUAUAGUCCAUAAGCUUCUGUUCUUUUUUAACAGAAGCCUCAAUAUACAUUGUUUAGCAAAACGAAAGAAAACACUUCCUCAGAAAAUGUAUUGUUAAUUGUUUACAAAAAAAUUCUGUAAGUUGGACCGAUUUUAUAAUGUCCAGAUAAUACACCUAUCUUAGCAAUGCAAAAUGAUUUAACUUCGUUCUUUUUAAGAACCACAAUGUUUUGCAUGGUGGCAAACUAUCUUUAAGAUAGGAGUUAUAUUUUCCAGGACCGAAGAUACUAUUUAUCCGACAUCUUGUGUGUAAGUUGUAGUUUUCAGGUUUAUAUUUUUCACAAUGUUCAAUGAUAACCUGAUGGAGAUUAAAAUAAAAAUGAAACAGCAGUUCUGAUCAAGGGUAUGCACCCAAAACAUUGUAACAUGUCUUUAUCUUCUCAGAUGUUAACUGACCUGCAGUAUAUUUCCAGCAUUUUCUGUUUUUAUUUCAGAUUUCCAGCAUUCAGUCUUAGUUUUAUCAGCAAAGAUAAAAGACAUCUUUUUAUUAACCAACUAAAGCCAUAGAAGCAUUCUCAUGCCUGCAAAUUCAUCAAGCUGAAUUGAACUAUAUGUAUCUCUUUUUAAAAAUGAAGAGGCUAGUGGAAACAUUAGAAGUAUUUUGCAAGUACUGAUAAUGUGAAAAACAUGAAUGUACACAAAAAUAGACAAAGGAAGCUUUGAUUUGGUGGGUGAUGGACAAUGCCACUAUUUGUUACAUCUACCUGCCUUUUGGAGCAUUACUGAAACUGAUUAUAGUAUUGGGGAGUAAAAUAGUGCAGACUGAAAAAUGAUAUUUUUUAGACUAAGAAGGAACAAACAGACUGCCGGACUGAAGUUACUUUGUGAGGCAGUGGAAAAAGCCUGCAACUAAAGUUAAAUAAUUGAAAAGCAAUUGCUGGAGAAAAUAUGAGUACAAUGAAUUGGGUUUGAUUGGAUUAUCAACGCCUCAAAUGUUUCAUUUGGACUUUCACCAGAACUUUUUGUAUUGAAGAUUGAUGAAUUGUAUUGUACUUCAAUAGGAAUAAAACAUUAUGCAAUGGAUAGUACAUCUUGGUAAUGGUGACCAGAAACAUAUAUUGUAUGCAUUAAAUGUGUCAAUUCUGUAUAUUGGGCAAUUUAAAAUAAUGAUUGAAAUUUUUAUUUUUAGUUUGCACCUUUUGGUAACGUGGACAGAUAUGUACAUACUAUUGAUGGAUAUGUACAAUACCAUUGAUCGAUAUGCACAUAAUGUUUGUGGAUUUGUAGAACUUUGAAUCUUUUUCCUUUAUUUUUUAUGCUCCGCAUGCCUUAAGUUAGGCCCAUAUGGUCAUGUAGAAAUGAUUAAUCCAGUGUCCCACUGAUAUUUAUAGACCCUGAAUCAUGUGAUCUAUCAGUUUAACCCUCAUUGUGGUAAAAGCUCUCAAAAUAUUUUUCAUAAUUUGUCAAUUUCAAUUUAAAAAUCUUUGGCAUCACCUUCCUUUCAAAUUGGUUGAAGUUUUACUUAUGCUGGAUUUAAUCCGUUCUGGUAUUUUAUUAAAAUUUUACAUGCUGUGUUGUGCAGCUUCUUUAGUCUGAAGAUGGGACAGCCCCUUCAUCCACCAAGAGUCAGUUUUUGGAAAUGGGCAUGAAGCUUCAGUUCAGCAAUAGAGGCAGGCUCUGCAAAUCAUAGAGCACUGUGACUACCACAGGAGAACAUUUUAUUUGAUAACAGGAUCUAUCUAUUUUAAAGAUACCUUAGGGGUGAUUUUUAAGUCUACUUACUAUUUCAGAUGGGGAGCACAUUUUGCACUGGUAGCUCGCUGUCCAUUUUGUCAGAAGAAUUUUGAACUAAAAAGGACACAGGUACUUGCUCAUCAUCUAUCUGCAUAGCACUGCAAAUGAAAAUCAUCCUCCUGUUGUCUUCCAGGAAAAAGUUUGGUGCAAGGAAAAAAUGAAAAAAGAUCUAUUGUUUUCCCAUUAUUCUGUCUUUUGUAAAAACAAUAUGAUGGUGUAUUUCAGCAUAAUUUAUAUUAUGUGGGAAGUAUAGCCAGCCUGUUUCACAAGAGAUGUACGAAGUAUACUGGAAGGUGUUAAUUAGAGACCUGUAUUAGGAGCAUUGCUCUCAUCGUCAUAAAUAAGUUUGAUGAAGGCAAUCAAAGAAUAAUUCCACGGGUUAGUGAUGAUGGAAAAAUAUCAGGAAGAUAGAUAUUUUUAAAUUUAGAUGCAUUUGGGGAAUAAACCCAUGUGUGACACACAUUCUUCAAUUUGGGUAAAUGCAGUGUAAUUUAAGGCACAUGUCUACCAUGCAGGGAUUUCAGCUAAGGGUUUUGGAAUGUGGGUUCAUAGUGGAUUGAAGCUCUUCAAUCAGUGUAGCAAAGGUACUGGAGAGGCAAACAAGAUGUAAAUGUGUAUUGUUAGGAUUUUAAUAUUUACAAUUUAAUGUCACAUUCACAUAAUUUAUUCAGCUAAAAUAGUUUCUAAUCAUUUCAAAUUACUUGUGUUAUUUCUAAUACUGAAUAUUCAAAUCAAAUUCUUGGUGCUGAAUUUAACAUGAUAGAAUUAUGCGGUGCAAACUCGAGGUUGGGGAAUACUUUUAAUCUAAUUAUUUUAUGCUGCUAUUCUUCCCCAAAGAAAGAUCUUGGGUAAACUUUUAUUGCUUCCUGAAAAGAGAUUUGCAUGUCACACAAGCACCAAGUGAAGACCCACCAGGUCUCGCCUCACUUUCUUAUAUGAUGAAUGCCUUAUAAUUCCAAAACAUGCUCUUUAUGGUGACCUUUUAUUGUAACUCACUUUGUUUGUGUCAUGUUACACCAACAAUGCAUUCUAUUACCAUAAUGGUCUGCUCUUUGAAAAUUCUUUCUAAGAGAUUAUUGCAAGUAUAAAUACACUUGGACACACAACAAUGUUCUGUUAUUUCCAUUGGCACAAUAACAAAUGUGCAAAGCAAUAUAUAUCAUUAUUAAACUCAAUGUUUAACUUCUUUAUCCCUUUAACUACAUGCAAUUCUUUACCUGAACCAUUUUCAGUAUAAACAAAUAUAUAUGUGAACCAAUUUUGAAUGUGUUACACUUGUGGCACAAUCAUUUGCAGCUUCAUUUGAAUUAUCAGGUCAUUCUACUCAUAGAAUUUAAAUAAUAUCUAACGGAUUGUUGUGAUGUAAACACAUUUUAUCAGAUAGAACUUUGUUUAUUCUUAAAAUCUGUUUGAAAUUUAUUUAGAAAAAUAAAUUAAUGAGACUGACUUGAA